AUGUGGGCUAUCUCUUUUUUUCGUAUUAUGGAAGCCGUUAUGGCUACUGAACAUAAUCUUGCUACAGGACUCACGUUCAACUGGGGUGCGCUUCUGGGCUGGUCGGCCAUUCAAGGGUCGCUCAGUUCCACUCCGAUUACCCUCUACAUAGCUGCCCUUCAGUGGACUCUCCUCUACGAUACUAUUUACGCACAUCAGGACAAAACAGAUGAUAUUAUGAUAGGGGUGAAGUCUACUGCGUUACGAUUUGGAGACAAUACAAAGCCUUGGUUGACUGGUUUCGGCACAGCGGCUAUAGCAGGGCUUGGACUCACAGGAUAUAUUGCGGAACAAACAUGGCCAUAUUAUCUGGCUCUAGCCGGUACUGCAGCUCAGCUGGCAUGGCAAGUUGGUACUGUCAACAUAAAUGAUAGCAAUGACUGCUGGAAGAAGUUCAAAUCCAACCAAUGGUUGGGUGCAAUCCUAUUUGCCGGAAUCGUUGCCGGAACCUAUCUUAAAGAAGAGAAAAAAGAUUCACAGAUUAUAGAAAUGCAUAGCGACGAGUCCAAUGAAUUUUAG